AAAAGCUUUCCUGCCAGCUAUGAUGAAAAAGAACCAUGGUCAUAUUGUCACUGUUGCAUCAGCUGGUGCGCUUGUGCCGGUUCCUUUUCUAUUGCCUUAUUGCUCAAGCAAGUCUGCCGCUUUAGGGCUUCACAAAGACUUCACCAAAGAAUUAUCUGCUUUGGGAAAAGAUGGGAUCAAGACUACCUGCUUGUGUCCAUUUUUUGUAAACACGGGGUUUGUAAAAAACCCACAAUCAAGAAUAAUACCUAUUCUGACACCUGAGGCAGUUGCAAGGAGGCUCAUGGAUGGGAUACUCUGCAAUCAAAACAAGAUUGUUAUGCCAUUCUCCGUUACAAUGUGCCCUUGGAUGGAAAUAAUUCUUCCUGAGCGUGCAUUGAUGGCUUUGGAAAAGAUUCUGGAUAUCAGUUUUGAUGUGAAGAAACAAGAAUGAACCAAAGUAUCAAAUCUUCCCAAGCUUUCCAAAUUUUAGGUUAUGUGAAAUCACAUUUCUAAUAUCAUUGUUUAAUACUCCUUACGUAACCUGCAAAAGAAAUUCCAACCACUAUUCUUCACAAAUUUAUAUUAAAAUAACUUUUUCAAGU